AUAGAGAGCAUUUAAAAUUUUCAGUCAGUCGGUUGAACGCACUUCUCCAUCAUGAAUCUUUGUGGAUUAGUUAAGCUAGACUAUGGAAUGAUGAUAAUUAAUUUGAUACUGAUAUUUUGGACAUCAAUGAUACAAACACAUGAAUUACCAGUUGAAUAUCCACCAUGUUAUUUUAAUCCAUUGUGUACAUGUUCAAAAGCAAUACCAGAUCUUGGAAUUGUUAAUUGUGAUAAUGUUCCAAUGCCAAUGAUACCACAUCCAAUUAAUUCAUCAAAAGUAUUUAUGUUACAACUUGGUAAUAAUGGAUUACGUCAUAUUCAACCACAAUUUUUAAUGAAUACAGGUCUGUAUAAUUUACAAAUUAGGUAUAAUCCGUUAUCGGAUAUUCCAGACGAAGCUUUUCUAGGGCUUGAAAGAUCGUUGUGGGAAUUAGAAUUGCCAUAUAAUAAACUUGUUCGUGUACCAAGUAGAUCAUUUAGACAUUUACAAAAACUUAAAUUACUUGAUUUAACUGGAAAUCAAAUAUCAUCAAUAUCAGCAGAUAAUUGGCGUGGUUUAGAAAAUUCAUUGCAUUAUUUACGUUUAGGAAAAAAUACAAUUGAUAGAUUACCAGCAGAUGCAUUUUCUGGUUUAACUGUACUUGAAAUAUUAGAUUUACGUGAUAAUGAUUUAUGGGAAAUUGAUUCAUCAGUAUUUCGUGAUGGUAUACCACAUUUAACACAUUUAUAUCUUAAUGGUAAUCAAUUAACAAGUAUACCAUAUAGUCAAGUAUCAAAUUUAAAAAGAAUUAAAGUACUUGAUUUGAGUUAUAAUAGAAUUUAUAAAAUGACACAUAUACAAAAUGAAGCUGAAAUACGAGGUUUACAAAUAUCACUUGAUACAUUGAGACUUGAUUGGAAUCAAAUUGAAAUAUUAACAGCUGGAUCAUUUCAACAUUUUUUUAAUGUUAAUAAAACUUAUUUAAGUGGUAAUCCAUUGACAAUUGUUGAGGAAGGUACAUUUAAAAAUUCAAAAAUUCGUGAACUUUAUUUUAUUGAUUGUGAUUUAACUGAAAUGACAUCAUCAAAUUUAAAGGGUCUUGAAUUUUCAUUGGAAUUAUUAGAUUUAUCUGGUAAUAAUAUAACUGAUCUUCCAAAUAAUAUUUUUCAAGAAUUUGAUUUUUUAAGAACUCUUAAUUUUCGUGAAAAUAAAAUAACAAAAAUUUCACCUGUUAAAGUUUUUGCUAGUUUUCAAUAUUCACUUUAUAAUAUUGAUUUAAGUGGUAAAAUAAAUGGAAUAAUAUCACUUCAAGAUUUACGUCAUAUGAGAAAUUUACGUUAUUUAUCAUUAUCAAAAUUAUCACAAACGACACUUGGACCAGAUGAUUUUAAUGAAUUUGGAAUGGAUAUUAAAGAACUUCAUAUAAUACAAAGUAAUAUUAAUGAAAUUAAAAAUCAUGCAUUUACAAAUGUACGUGGUAUAAAAUAUUUAAAUUUUGCUGAAAAUUCAAUUUCGACAAUUGAAAAUGAAGCAUUUUCGGAAGUUGGACAUUCAUUACAAAUACUUAAAUUAGCUCAUGCAUUAUCAAUGAAUGAAAUACCAAGUAAAUCAUUUAAAGAUUUAACAAAUUUACAAUAUCUUGAUAUGAGUAAUAAUAAAAUACGUACAAUGCCAGAUAAUUCAUUUCAUUUUUUAAAAAGAAUUAAAAAAAUUGAAUUACAAGAUAAUGAAAUAAGUGAAAUUAAAAAAGGAACAUUUCAAGGUGAUAUACAUUCAACAUUAGAAGAAAUUGAUUUUUCAUUUAAUCGUAUUUCAAAUCUUCAAAUUCAUACAUUUGUUGAUUUAUCAUCAAUGUCAUUGAUAAAUCUUGCUGAUAAUAAUAUUGAAAAUAUUAAUAGACGUGCAUUUAUGAAUAUGAAUCGUUUAAAAUAUAUAAAUUUACGUGGUAAUAAAAUAAAAUUAAUAGCUGAUGAAUCAUUUCAAAAUUUGCCAGAUCUUGAAUUUCUUGAUUUAUCAUAUAAUAAAUUAACAGAAUUUGAUUUUGGCUGGUUUGAUCAAGUUGGUACAUUAUCAUCAUUUAAAGUUAAUUCAAGUCAUAAUUCAAUAAUUAAAUUAAAAAUUGAAUUAUCAACAUUAUCAACACCAAAUAGUAUGUAUUUUACAUCUGGUGGAAUAAUACAAUCAAAUAUAAGAGUAUUAGAUUUGAGUCAUAAUAAUAUUACAGAAAUUGAUAAAUUUUAUUUUCGUCCAGUUGAAUAUUCAUUAACACAUUUAUAUUUAUCAAAUAAUCAAUUAACAAAUAUGACACAAUUAAUAUUUGGUAAUUUAGCACAUUUACAAUGGCUUGAUUUACGUUUUAAUGAUAUUAUGGAAAUUGAUUAUGAUUGUUUUAAAAAUACAAAUAAUAUACAGCUAUUAUUAUUAUCACAUAAUAAUAUUAUGGAUAUACCAUCUGAAUCAUUUAGAAUAUUAAAAAAAUUACGUAUAUUAGAUUUAUCAUAUAAUAAAUUACGUGCAUUACCAGAUAAUAUGUUUUCUGAUAUAUAUUUAGAAAGUUUAGAUUUAUCACAUAAUCAAUUUAUGCGUUUACCAACAAAAACAUUAUUUGGCUCAGCAUCACAAUCAUUAGCAUAUUUAAAUAUUGCAUGGAAUUUAAUAUCUGGUGUUCAUACAACUGAUGCAAUAUCAAGAUUACGUUCAUUAAUUUAUCUUGAUUUAUCAUAUAAUCGUCUUGUUCGUCUUGAUGAUGGUGUAUUUUCUGAAUUAAAAAAUUUAAAUUAUCUUGAUUUAAGUCAUAAUAAACAAUUGAUACUUGAAACAAGAGGAAGAACAUUUCAUGGUCUUGAAGAUACAUUAUUAAUACUUGGUUUAAGUAAUAUAUCAUUAUUAAGUGUACCAGAAUUACCAUUUCAUAAUUUACGUCAUCUUUAUCUUGCUAGUAAUGAAUUAGCAACAAUACCAGCUGAACUUGCAUCAAAUUUAUCAUCAUUACAUGAACUUGAUUUAAGUCAUAAUGAUUUAACUGUUGUACCAUUAAUAACACAUACAUUAUUUGAACUUAAAAAAUUUAAUUUAGCAUAUAAUCCAAUAACAAUUAUAACAAAUACAAGUUUUCUUGGUCCAGCUGAUAGUCUUGUUGAGCUUGAUAUUAGAAAAUUACCAUUAAUUAUAUUUGAAAGUGGUGCAAUAUGUAAAGCUGGUAAAUUACGUACAUUAAGUAUCACUGCCUAUACUGAUAUUAAAAAUUUUAAUUUACCAAAUUUACUUGAGCACAAUCAUGGACUUAGAAAUUUAUUAAUUGAUAUACAUAAUGAUACAAAUCUUGAACGUCAAAUGAAAGGUUUAUUUCCAACUAAAUUAUUUAAUUUUACAUUUACUGGUAAAAAAUUUAAUACAAUUGAUAAAUAUAUAUUAAAAGGAAUGAAAAGUCCACAUUUACAUUUUACAUUAUAUAAUACAUCUGUUAAAAAAAUAUCAAGUGAUAUAUUUUUAAUUCCAAAAACAGUUAGAAAUAUAACUAUUUAUUUAAAUAAUAAUGAAUUAAGUACAUUGGAAAAUCCAUCAAAUGGUUAUAAGCCUGGUGUUGAGGAUAAAAAAUUUCUCAUGGGUCUCAUUAUGGCUGGUAGUCAUGUACAGUGUGAUUGCAACAUUGGAUGGAUUGAAGGAUGGCAAAGAAAACAAAGACAAUAUCGAGAAGAUAGAUGCUCUAAUUUUCCUCAUCGUCGUUAUAAUUUUGAAAUUGAUGAAGACAAUGAAUACAGUUGUUGGGAUAAUGGCUGGGAUGAUGAUUUACGUGAAGCAUUUUGUUCAAAUAAAAAUAAUAUUCCUGUUUUAAAUGCACUCAAAGAUGACAUUGAAUGUGGAUGGUCAACAGCAUCAACAAAUAAAUUCAAUUAUAAAUUUAUUAUUUAUAUUUUUUCCUUGAUAAUAAUUCAUAUUUAAUUUUUUAAUUUCAGCUAUAUUUAUUUAUUGUUAAAAAUAGUCAUUUAAAUUUAUUAUUAAUUAUAUACAAAUGUGUGUAUUUUUUUUUUUUUUUGAAACAAAUGUUUAAUAAUAAAUAAAAUUCAUGAAAUUUCAAUUAAAAAAAA